AUGUCCGCCGGUGUCGAAGACGAUGCUAGCAGGAUCUAUCCUGCCUGUCUACUUCGGAGCGGCGAGUGGAUCUCGAUUUCCAGUCCCUCGUCUACUCAGCAAGACUGGUUCCGUGCCACCUGGAUGACUUUCCGUGUGCCCACCGAUUACCGCAACCCAGCCGCCGGCUCGCUAUUGCUUUUCGGUCGCAGUGUAGAAAAAAUCGAGACGCGUCAAAUCGGCACUGGCACUGGUCCGGCCAACGAUACUAGUACUCAGAAGCCCUAUCUCGUGUACCUUCGGGACUGGCCUGGCUUGAGCAGCCCUGAUAUAUGGACCCACCCCCUGACUGCCGUUGCUUUGGACCGUGGCUACCAAGUGCUGUGUCUGGACUAUCGGGGCACCGGACACUUCCAGCUCACUCCCGACCAGUUAUUUGCCCUGGGUAAUCCUCGCAGGCAGGCCAACCUUUUAAGACUGUUCCGCCCCGACCGCAUCGUGCGGGACCUGGAGGCCGUUCGGCUAUGCUUAACGGCUGAAUUUGACGAGGACAACAAGGCUUGGUCCCUCUUCGGCCAGUCAAACGGAGCCCUUGUCGCAAUCAGCUACCUCUCUUGGAAGCCAGAAGUUCUCCGAGAGGUCUUUCUAAUGGGUGACUUCGGCGUCAUCGGGCGCUCCGCCGACGAGGUGUAUGCCGCUGCCGCCAUGGAUCUCUCAUUCCGCAACGGUCUGUUCUACACGAUGUACCCAGAGGAUGUCCAUCAUAUGAGGCGGAUAGCCGAGCACAUUGACAAGUCUGCAGACAGGGGUAGAAUCCCGCUUCCCUCCAGGGGAAAGCUGACAGUACAGCUCUUUCUCAGUUUGGGUUUUGCAUUCAGCCGUCCGGGAGGGUUUGAGAAAGUGCACGAUUUGGUCCGAAGGCUGAUCUCCGACCUGGACGGUUUUGAUUGCCUGAGCAUGCAUUCUCUUUUCGCCUUUGAGUAUGAGUUCAUCAGCUUGUUUCCGAACCUCGUGUCCGCCCUCCUGCCCGAGGCCACCUACAACUACAGUAACGGCAUGAUAUCCAACUGGGCAGCCCAUCGCCGUCUGCUCACGAUUCCAAACUAUGGUUGGGUGCGAAAUGCAAGCUUCUUUUUAUGGUCAUGGGGAAAAGACCAGCCGAUUUACUUCUCGGGCGAGAAGAUGGUUUUCCCGUUUCACCUCCACACUAUUCCCAAGCUGAAACCCUUCUUGCAGGCGGCCGAGAUACUAGCACUGAAUUGGGACUGGGAUGACCUUUAUGACCUCGAACAGCUGAAGGGAAACCAGGUGCCCGUGUAUGCGGCCAGAUGCUGGGACGAAACCUACAUGUCCUUCGGUCCCUCGAGGGAACCCCACAGAGACGACGAGGAGCUGCCAAACAUUGGAUGCCUUGUCGAAUGUCACUGUCCGCCCGGCAUGGAACUCGAAGAUGUCAUCAGACAGUUGUUCAAACUCCGUGAUGCCAAUGCCAUGACGGAUGCAGAAGCUGAGCACUGA